CAACAACCACCCUCACUCAUCUCGUCCACAACCAAACCCACAGCCACAAUCCCAUACAGGGUACACUCAUCACAAUGACCUCCACAAAAAAUAUCAACAAACCUCCGAUAAUCCUCCUCAAAACCAAAUCCACCCCGCACGACAACUACUCCGACUACUUCCACCACCCCACCAGCAACUACACUCCCACCUUCAUCCCAGUCCUCUCGCACAACUUCCACACCGAGAGACUACGCUCCAUCCGCGAGCUCUUCACAUCCGGCCAAUUACUCCCUUCUCAGAAGAAAAAUGAUCGAAAAUACGGCGGAUUGAUCUUCACCAGCCAGCGCGCAGUCGAAGGCUUCGGGAGAGUACUUGCUGAACUUGACGAUGACAGCUCAGCUCUAAACACAUUAAAAACCUCCUCCCAAAACCUUCCCAUCUACACCGUCGGACCCGCAACAUCCCGCUCCCUCACCACCAUCGUUGACAGAUACCUACCGCACGCGAGCAUCCACGGCGCAGAUACAGGGAAUGGAGAGGCGUUAGCGAAGUACAUUCUCGAACACUAUAAUUCGCUUUAUACUACUACUACUACCACUACCACCACGACGACAUCAAAUCCCAAUGUUGGGGAAGAUGAUGUAUACAACAAGCACAAGCCACCGUUACUUUUCCUUGUCGGCGAACAACGACGGGAUAUUAUCCCGCGGACACUUAUGAAUCCUGAUCUCCCACCGGGGGAGUAUGUGGGUGUUGAUGAGGUAAUUGUGUAUGAGACGGGGGUGAUGGAGGGGUUUGAGGAGAGUUUUAAGGGGGUGAUUGAGAGGGAGAGGGAGGUUAUGAGGAAUAAUAAUAAUAAUACUAC